AUGGAACCAGCCGCCGCCUCCCCCUCCGCCUCCGCCGACGGCGGCGCUUUCCUCGAGUUCGUCGACUACGCCAUCUCCGUCCUCACCUCCUCCUCCGGGGGCGACGGCGACGAGUCCCCACCCGGCGCGGGGCCGGCGCCGGCGCGGCCGCCGUGGGGGUGGACGGUGGCGCAGGUGCUAAAGUCCUGCCGCGCCUACUCCAGCGGAGUCACCGCCGCCAUCCUCCUCUCCGACCUCUUCCAGUCCUGGACAGAACAACGUAAAUAUCUGACUGCAAAGAAGAAGGUUGAGGUGACUAAUCUCUUAAACACAAGGAGUAAGAGGAGGAGGCUUCCCAGUACUAUCACAAUCGACUCUAUCCACGAGAAGAACUUCCUUUCUCCCAAGAGUGUCCUUGAAGCUGUCGUCAUCAAUGUUUUUGUUCUUCCUGGUACAAACAUAUACAUGCUUACCUUGGGAGACAUGUGGAGUACAUCAACUAUUGAUCUGUAUCUACACCGAAGGUACUACAGUUAUAUAGGACAACAUUGCAUCUUGAAGAAGGGUCGAGAAGUUGUGCUCACAGGAUGUUGUCUUCGUACAGCUGUGGAGGGAUCUGGCCGUGCUCGUAUUUUACCGACAGAAUACAUGGUGAUAUUACUUGAUGAGGAUCAAGAUGAAGAUGCCAUGCUACUUGCGGCACAGUUUUGCACAUAUUCUUUCUCCUCUAUGAAGCAAGAGGAAGGCGGAAAUGAUGUUGUAUAUUCGUUUUAUGCCAGGAUUGAGAAGAUCGAGUCUUUGGAACCUCUUAGAUGUACAGAAAGAAAGCAGAUUGUACUAGUAGACAGUGAUGGUGAGAAGAUAAAUUUUAUCUUAUGGGGAGAGCAGAUUUUGCUUGCAAAUCUUUUCAGUGUAGGGAGCAUGCUUGCACUGGAUAGUCCUUUUAUUGCAAGUUCUGAGGAGUCUCAGGAAUUGUGCCUUGAGUAUGGUAGUGCAACACAGGUUUACUUGGUGCCGAUUGCUCAACAGGAGGAACAGGUACUCCACACACCUACUCAAGUAAAGAGCCAAGGACCUCGGCUGUCAUGUGUUCCAAUUGAUAAUAUGGCUUCACAAGUAACAUUACCACGUGAUUUGCAUGGUUCAGUUGACUUCAGCAAAUAUCCAUUUCGAUCAUAUGUAAGUGAUCUUCAUGGUAAAAUGGUGGGAGUUAGUCUGUUUGGCACCGUAACAAGUGUUUGCAAAGUAAGUGCGUCUGGGACUACCUUCUAUUUGGAGAUAGAAGACGUUACUGGAGUUGCUCUGACGAAGCUUAACUUUAUUGGACACUGGUCAUUAGGUAGAGUUGGAGUUGGUCAUAUGGUGUAUAUCUCUGGUCUGACUUGUACCUUGAAUAAAACAAAAAUCCUUGAAGUCUCAUGGCGUGAGAAGGAGACAGGAUCUCUGUUUGUUAACUUGAGCUUGCUGCCGGCCCUGCUGAACUCAACAUGCCUGCAUAGUUUAUCACUCUUGUCAGAUCUUCCCCAUUCAGCAAACAGGACACACAUAUGCCGUGUUCGACUUGACCACAUUGAUUGCAACAGUUUAAAGCUGCCCUUAUUCCACAAUCUAUGUGGCCAUGUGGUGAAUGAACAGCCAGAUGGACUGUACUGUUCCUUCUGCGAAGUCGCCUGCCAGAAUGGAUGCACACAUGGCUUUCAGUUGCACUUGACCAUUGCAGACGACAGCGAGAAGGUCUUUGCAUGGUGUCUCGGGCAAACGGCUGUAGAGUUCCUUCAAAUAUCUCCAGAUGAAUAUAUGGAACUCCCUGAGGAUGAUCAGGCAAUGUACCUCUUCACUCUGCAGAACGAGAGUUUCACGGUGGCCAUCGCGAACACCAGCAAACGGGUUGACAAGUACGCCGAGAAUGACAAGGCACUUCCGGCGUGGGAGAUCACGAGAGCCCAGAAAUGCGAAUGA